GAGAUGUGACGUCCCCACCGCGACUAUCCCCUCCCCCACCCUACCGAUCACACCUGCGGCGAUGACGAGAUGCUCGAGACACGGCGAGGACGACACGACAUGGACGAGGGGAAGGAAGGUGAAACUAGUUUCAAAUCAUCUAUGGAUGAAAGCUCUGGAUGCACAGAUGGUCCUGAAAAGAAGACAAAGGUUCAGAGCCAUCACUUGAGUCGGCUCCAGAAACUUAGAGAGCAUCACAAAUCAUGUGAAGAGCGAUACAUGAAGGCGUACACAAAAACUUUAAAUGAUGAAGGGGAAAAGACUUUACAUCUAUAUCAGAGCAUGAAAAGAAGGAAAGUACAUCAGUGCUCCGAUGAUAGUGAUGGUACCGUGACCCUUGACCCUACUCCAGACACGGACACGAGUGUACCUGAGCUCAGAAGAACUGACAGUGUAGUCUACUAUCGGCUACCUGAAGGUACAUUACAGCUGGCCAAGAUAGGUAAAAUUCUUAUGGCCAUGGAACGAGGACAGCUAUCUGAAUUCAAAGGAAGGAAUCUCGAUGAGAUCCAGAUUGAUCCACAAGAAAGAGUACUGAUGGACAGUGAUCAUUCAGACUCUGAGAACAAGAAAGGAAUUACUGAAAAUGAUGCUUCAGAUUCACCUUCAAAUUCAGCAGACAAAUCAAAGAAGUCCACUGCUGGAGUUGGACAACACAAAAAUCAACAACCUCCAAAAGGCAAGAAUGAUAAAAAACUGCAGUUGAAUGACAAGGACUUGGAGGGACCACACACAACAGAGAGAUCUUCACAAAACUCAUGGAGAAAGUGGUCUACAGAGGAGAUUGAGGCUGUGGAGAAGACUCUGAUGGACUGCAUCAGGUCAGGAAAGGUUCCUGGGAAAGCUCAGUGUAUGGAGUGCAUUGAAAGCUCCCCAGCAGCACUUCAAGGGAGAAGUUGGGAAGGGGUGAAAUUUUAUGUUAAGAAUCGUAUUGAUUCCUUAAAGCAAAAAAUGUAACACAAAAGGUGAAAGGGCCAUUAUCUAGAUGUCUUUCCCACUAUGUUUUUGAAGGCAACAAGUUCAUGUUGGUUUCUUAAAGCAAAAAAUGUAAAAGCAAAGGUGGAAGGGCCUUUACCUAGAUGUUUUUUCCUGUUUAUUGAAGGCAACAUGUUCAAAAUGUGUUUGCUUGCAAAACAAAUUUCACUAUGUUAAUAGAGCUUUCAAGUUAACACACUGACAAGUUAAAUAAGUGUUUAAGAGAAUGAAGAAGUCAGUUUUGUGUUGAUUCACAAAGACAGUGUUAAUAUGAACAAUUGCUGAAAUUGCACAUUUUUAUUUAUAUGCAGCCUGUUGCAUAUUGUGCAAGUAGUAUUGAAUAUUGAAUAAAAGAAGUGAUGCAUUUGAUCUA